GGGUAUUUCAAUCAUGGGUUCAUGGUAUGAUUAUCGAAUAUUAUUAAUUUAAUAACCGAUUAAUUCGAAUUUAAAUUUUUUAAAAAGUCGAUAAACAGCUAUUAUAUUGCAAUUUUUAAUCUUUCUGUUUAUCUUCCGUUUUAAGUCCGAAUAGUUCCAUGUUCUCUCACUGAGUCACACACAAUGGCGCAUCUCUUUAGAGACCUUUCACUCGGCCACUCAAAGAGAGAGUCAACGCCCCCGCCACCGCCACUUCAAACUAAACCACCACCAAUGCCGACGAACAAGCUUACCCCCACCGAUCUCCAAUCUCCACUCGGACAACUCGCCUCUCAACUCACCGAUUCCGACCUUCGACUCACCGCUUACGACGUCUUCCUCGCUGUAUGCCGUACCUCAGCUUCCAAGCCUCUCUCCACUUCCGCCUCUUCCAUUUCCGAUUCGCCGAGUCAGAACUCGCCUGGUCAAAACCACAACCACUCGCCUAGCUCCCCCGCGUUGCAACGCUCGCUUACGUCAGCAGCUGCUAGCAAGAUGAAGAAGGCUUUAGGAUUGAAAUCUCCUGGCUCGAAGAAGAGUCCCGGUUCAGCUCCAGGCUCGGGCCAGGGAAAGUCUAAGCGGCCUACGACUGUAGGGGAGCUUAUGAGGAUUCAAAUGCGUGUACCUGAGAGCGUUGAUGCGCGUGUUAGAAGAGCGCUUUUGAGAAUUGGCGGUGGUCUGGUUGGAAGGCGGAUUGAAUCAGUGGUUCUUCCAUUGGAGCUACUGCAGCAGCUUAAGCAAUCAGAUUUUAGUGAUCAACAAGAAUAUGAUGCAUGGCAGAAAAGAAACCUCAGGGUUCUUGAGGCUGGGUUACUGUUACAUCCUCGUGUGCCACUGGAUAAAUCAAAUAAUGCAUCACAAAGGCUACGGCAAAUCAUUCAUGCAGCUCUAGAUAGGCCAAUAGAAACUGGGAAGAACAAUGAGUCAAUGCAAGUUCUUCGCAGUGCUGUAAUGUCUCUUGCCUCUAGAUCUGAUGGCUCUCUCUCUGAUUCAUGCCACUGGGCUGAUUGCAUUCCACUGAAUCUUAGACUCUAUGAAAUGCUUCUUGAGACGUGUUUUGAUAUUAAUGAUGAAACAUCCAUUGUUGAGGAAGUUGAUGAGCUUAUGGAACAGAUAAAGAAGACGUGGGUGAUCCUUGGGAUUAAUCAAAUGCUGCAUAAUCUCUGCUUUGCAUGGGUUCUGUUUCACCGUUUUGUUUCCACUGGGCAAGUCGAAAUGGACUUGCUAUAUGCUGCUGAUGGUCAGCUAGCAGAGGUAGCAAAAGAUGCCAAGACAACCAGGGAUCCAGAAUACUCCAAGAUAUUAAGUUCUACAUUGAGUUCAAUAUUGGGCUGGGCAGAGAAAAGACUCCUUGCAUACCAUGACACGUUUGAUAGUGGAAAUGUCUAUACCAUGCAGGGCAUUGUUUCUUUAGGUGUAUCAGCGGCCAAGGUUUUGGUUGAGGAUGUGUCCACUGAGUAUCGCAGAAAGAGGAAAGAAGUUGAUGUAGGUCGAAAUAGAAUUGACACUUACAUCAGGUCAUCGUUACGCACUGCUUUUGCUCAGAGAAUGGAGAAGGCAGACUCAAGCAGGAGAGCUUCCAAAAACCAGCCAAAUCCUCUUCCCGUCCUUGCAAUCCUUGCUAAGGAUGUUGGUGAGCUAGCAGUUCAUGAGAAGCAGGUUUUCAGUCCAAUACUGAAGGGUUGGCAUCCUUUGGCAGCAGGUGUGGCUGUGGCCACCCUUCAUUCUUGUUAUGCUAAUGAGAUAAAACAGUUCAUAUCAGGCAUCACAGAGUUAACCCCUGAUGCUGUUCAAGUACUUAGAGCUGCAGAUAAACUGGAGAAAGAUCUUGUGCAGAUUGCAGUCGAGGAUGCAGUAGACAGUGAUGAUGGUGGGAAGGCAAUAAUCCGAGAGAUGCCUCCUUAUGAAGCUGAAACUGCAAUUGCCAAUCUUGUUAAAGGGUGGAUCAAGACUAGAUUAGACAGACUUAAGGAAUGGGUUGACAGGAAUUUGCAACAAGAGGUCUGGAAUCCACAAGCUAAUCAAGAAGGAUAUGCACUCUCUGCUGUCGAAACUUUGAGAAUCAUUGAUGAGACUUUAGAUGCAUUUUUCCAGCUUCCAAUACCAGCACAUCCUGCAUUGCUACCUGAUGUGAUAGUUGGCCUUGACAAGUGUCUUCAGUAUUAUGUGAUCAAGGCAAAAUCUGGAUGUGCUUCACGCAAUACAUAUAUCCCAACAAUGCCUGCUUUGACCAGAUGUGAGAUUGGAUCAAAGUUCCAAGGUGUCUGGAAGAAGAAAGAAAAGUCACAAAAUACUCAAAAAAGAAAUUCCCAGGUUGCAACUAUGAAUGGAGAUAAGUCAUUUGGGAUACCACAGCUGUGUGUUCGUAUAAAUACUCUGCACCACAUCCGAUCUGAGAUGGACGUUUUAGAGAAGAGGAUUGUAACCCACUUAAGGAACUGUGAGUCUGCUCAUUUGGAAGAUUUUUCAAAUGGCUUGAGCAAAAGAUUUGAGCUAACACCAGCUGCUUGUGUGGAAGGGGUUCAGCAACUGUCUGAGGCAGUAGCUUACAGAAUUGUAUUCCAUGACCUAAGUCAUGUUUUAUGGGAUGGUUUGUAUGUAGGGGAGCCUUCAUCUUCUAGGAUCGACCCUUUAUUACAAGAACUGGAGCAGAACUUACUGGUAAUCUCAGAAACCGUGCAUGACAGAGUUCGUACAAGGAUUAUAACUGAUAUCAUGAAAGCGUCCUGUGAUGGAUUCUUGCUGGUUUUACUUGCUGGAGGCCCUUCUCGUGCUUUCUCUCGUCAGGAUUCUCAAAUUAUAGAGGAUGAUUUCAAAGCCCUUAAAGAUCUGUUUUGGGCCAAUGGUGAUGGUUUGCCUGCUGACCUCAUAGAUAAGUUUUCAGCUACAGUGAGAGAUGUCCUUCCCCUAUUCAGAACCGAUACAGAAAGCCUAAUUGAGCGGUUCAAACGUGUGACCUUGGAGGCAUAUGGCUCCUCCGCAAGGUCUAGGCUUCCACUACCUCCAACAUCAGGACAGUGGAAUCCUACUGAACCAAAUACGCUCCUGCGGGUGUUGUGUUACCGGAAUGAUGAGGCAGCUUCAAGGUUCCUUAAGAAGACUUACAAUCUACCUAAGAAACUGUAAUAACCUGGGUUCGGUGUAUAGCGAACCAAGGCUGCAUCCUAUGGAAAAUUUGAGCUUGCAAUGUUCAUGUGAUUAUAUAUAUAUUGUGAGAUGGCCUAGACAAGAUGUGUAGCAUGUCAUUGCCAGUUGACUGCAAGGGCCUAAAGACGUGGCGUUAAUCAUGUAUAGCAUACAGUGGUAAUAUUCGGGUGAAAUCCAACUGCUCUUUACUAUGCUUCAGAGUCCGAAGAGACUCUCAAUGGCUUGCCUAUGAGCAUAGGUUGGUGGAUUCCAUUCAUUACUAUGAAACAUAUAACUGUUUGAGAUCUAAUUUUGUCUAUUCUCUAGAGGGAUUAGGAGAAUUUGUUUGCCUUAUGAGAUUCUUUUGUUCAUUAUUUCAUUUAUCUGUCAUUGCGUGUCAUUUUGCUUCUUCUUCUUUUUUUAUUGAUGAAUUGCUUUUAGCCACUGUCUUUUGCCAUAUAUAAUUAUAUUACCAGGUCUUGGUAUGUAUCAUAAUACAGGCUUUUAUUUAUUGCAAAAGAAUGUACAUAUUUCUUA